AUGCGUGUAUACAAGGCACUGCCAUUGCUCUCGCUGGCCGUGCCGGGCUGGACCAGGUCCCUAAACGUCCCCCCAGGUGCUGGGAAACGACAACUUCCCAAAGACCCUACCGGUGUGAAGACCAUCACCACCCCCAACAAUGUCACCAUUCGGUACAAGGAACCCGGCACCGAGGGUGUCUGUGAGACUACGCCCGGAGUCAAGUCUUAUUCCGGAUACGUGGAUCUGUCGCCUACAUCGCACACCUUCUUUUGGUUCUUUGAGGCCCGUCAUGACCCGGAAAAUGCCCCUAUUACCCUCUGGUUGAAUGGCGGUCCUGGAAGUGAUUCUUUGAUUGGGCUUUUUGAAGAAUUGGGCCCUUGUCAUGUGAACUCUAGCUACGAAACCUAUCUCAACCCGCACUCGUGGAACGAGGUUUCCAAUCUUCUGUUCUUGUCGCAGCCAUUGGGCGUUGGGUUUUCGUACAGCGACACUGUCAAUGGCUCCUUGAACCCGGUGACCGGGGUGGUCGAAAAUGCCACUUUCGACGGCGUCAAGGGUCGCUAUCCCCAAAUCGAUGCUACUUUACUCGAUACUACCGAGUUGGCAGCGCAUGCUUCCUGGGAAGUACUCCAGGGAUUCCUGGGUGGUCUUCCCCAGUUAGAUUCUAGGAUUAAGUCCAAGGAUUUCAGCUUGUGGACGGAAAGUUACGGAGGGUGA